ACGCGAGCUCAAAGCGGCAACGGCAACGAGAAGCAACAGGUCCACGUCCUCGCUGCUAAUAGAGCACGAAUUCGUACAAUUCUUACAAAUCAAUUUAUAAAUGGAAUUCGGAAUGCGUUCGACAAAGUGAAUGUGAAUACGAUUGCGAGUGUGAAUUCGAAUGCAAAGCGAAGUGAAGCGAGGAUAAAAGAUCGAGUGCUAAUCGAGCGUGUGACAGAACAAGUGUUCGAUUUCAAUUUCGAGUUUUGAGUUUAUUAAAAAUAAAAAUAAAAAUACUUAACAUGAGCAUUUGAGCGUAAGCAAAACGCAUGUGAAUUAAGACAACACAAAUUGAAUCAAAUAUCAAUAUCAAAAGCAAUUAAAAAGUGAUUUGACAAAAUGCAGCAGCUACAUUUUCUACACUCUACCAAAGUAUUACUAAUAAUCGUUGUAUGCAGCCUAAUGCAGACGCCAAUCGGCGCUGUCAAUGACACCAUCGUUGAUGAGAACUGUCCAUCGCUGGCCAAUGCAGAUAGCUUGCAGUACACAGAACUCAUACAAAGAAUGACGCACGUCUGUCGAUACGAUCGCUUGGAGCGACCCAUCGAAUACGACAGUCAAACACUGAAGCGUCUGCCCAUCGUGGUCAAGAUGCGCAUUUAUGUGUACUUGCUUCAGAAUUUGAACUCGGAUCUGCUGCAGUUCAAAACGCAUGCUUUGUUGCAACUCAGUUUUCAGGACAAGCGUUUGGCCUACAAAGAGUUUGCGCCAGAGCGAAGGGAGACAAUUUUGGGACAGAAGCAUUUAAGCGAACGUCUCUGGCUGCCGCAUAUCUUCUUCGCUAACGAACGGGAAUCCAGCAUUCUGGGUACUGAUGAGAAGGAUGUGCUCACCUCCAUUUCACGUGAUGGCAAUGUGAUUAUUUCCACGAGACUUCAAGCAUCACUCUAUUGUUGGAUGAACUUCAAGAAGUUCCCCUUUGAUCAGCAAUACUGCUCAACGGUGCUCGAGAGUUGGAUGUACAACACUUCUGACUUGGUGCUGGAAUGGGAGGAUCAUGCGCCCAUCUCUUUUGAUCCUGACAUGCGUCUCACGGAAUACAAUCUGGCAGAGUUUUGGCACAACACAUCGAUUGUUCACUCAGAUGAGAUCAAUAUGCGACACGGUGCAUUCAUGGGAAACUACAGUUCACUGAGUUUUACGGUCAGUUUGCAGCGUGAGAUUGGUUUCUAUCUGUUGGAUUACUAUUUGCCUUCCAUGAUGAUUGUCGCCAUCUCCUGGGUCUCCUUCUGGCUGCAAGCAGAUGCCUCCCCACCGCGCAUUAUGUUGGGCACCAGCACCAUGUUGUCGUUUAUUACGCUGUCCUCGUCGCAGAGCAAAACGCUGCCCAAAGUCAGCUACAUCAAAGUGUCUGAAGUGUGGUUCAUUGGCUGUGCCUUCUUCAUCUUCUGUAGCUUGGUAGAGUUCGCCUUUGUCAAUACGAUAUGGCGACGCAAGGAGAACAUUGAAUUGAAGAAGGUCAACAGCAAAUACAUUAUCAAAUCCACAUUGACACCGCGUCCCUCGAGACGUCAAAUUGGCGGAAGCUUGAGCAACGAUUCCAGAGCACGUUCCUGCUCCAGUCUGGAUAAUAUUGUCUCCAGCACUGAGAGUGUGCGCAAUGGCAAUGGCACAGUCAAUCCUGCCUUUAACAAUUAUCUCACAGUUCAUCCCAAUCUGCCUAUAAUAAGAACUGAGUGCGCUGAUAGCGUUUCAGUUUGCAGCGAUCGCUCGACCAAUGAUCAUGUCGUCGACAUUGACAAGGAGAAGAAGUCCGAGAAGGAUCCGCCAACGUUUACAACCAUGACGCCACAGGAGAUUGCCAUGUGGAUCGACAGACGGUCGCGUCUUUUAUUCCCGGGCAUGUUCUUGGCCUUCAAUGCACUUUACUGGACUUUUGUCUAUUGUUUUUAGGCCAUAAAGCAAAACGAAGUACGCACAAAUACAAAUGCACAUAACACACAUACGAAUGUCAGCACACACACAUUCUCACAUAUACACACAGUUAUUGCCAUACACGAAUGAAUUGUGCAGAAUUCUUGUCGCCGUCGCCUGUGUUUAAUUUCUCUUAAUAUUACGUUGAUUGUAAUAUGUAUUAUUUAGUUGUAAGCUGCAUCACACAUCUCAUAGUCAUAGUUGUACAAAAUGUCGCGCAUGUCUUAUAAAUACAAUCAGUAAUUAUUUUUAU